CUGCUCUCAGAGUCAUUGCAGAUUGUAAAGCAAAUGUGUUUAGUGCAGUCAUGAAUGUGUUGGUCAGGCUGCAGCGGCUGAGGGCUGCUAUCAAUGUCAAGCCCACUGUUGCUGGACUUUUUUCUUUUGGGAGAUAUCGAAGCAGUGAAACAGAAAAAAGUCAAGAAUGCAACUCUGUGACAUCAUUACUAAAACAUCUGACCUUCAAAAUAAAGUCAACAGGACCUAUUACUGUUGCAGAGUAUAUGAGAGAGGUUUUAACAAAUCCAGUUAAGGGGUAUUACAUGCAUCAAGACAUGUUAGGCGCACAAGGAGAUUUUGUUACUUCUCCUGAAUUAAGUCAGAUCUUUGGCGAGCUUUUAGGAAUAUGGUGCAUUAGUGAAUGGCUGUCUGCUGGAAAGCCAACAUCUUUUCAGUUGGUUGAACUUGGUCCUGGAAGAGGAACACUCACUGACGAUAUAUUACGGGUCUUCAGACAGUUUGGCCAUUUACUGAAUACAUGUGACAUCUCUGUACAUCUGGUAGAAGUGAGUCCAAAACUCAGCGAUAUCCAGGCACUAAAUUUAACUGGAAGUCCCAUUGAGACGGAUAAUGAUGAAAAUUCCAGUGUGUACAAGAAAGGAACUACUAAAACAGGGCUUCCUGUUAGCUGGUAUCAAGACUUACAAGAUGUACCAGAAGGUUACACCUUUUACAUAGCACAUGAAUUUUUUGAUGCUUUGCCUAUACAUAAAUUGCAGAAAACACAAGAUGGGUGGAGGGAAAUAUUAAUUGAUAUUGAUCCAGAAAUUCCUGAUAAGCUGCGAUUUGUUAUUGGUACCACUUCUCCAUUACUUGCAAACACUUUUGUUCAGGAAGAUGAAAAGAGAGAUCACGUUGAAGUGUGCCCGAGUGCAGCAGUGAUUAUCCAGAUGCUGGCAAAUCGAAUCAAGAAUGAUGGCGGAGCCGCUCUAAUAGCAGAUUAUGGACACAAUGGCGAGAAAAUGGACACUUUCAGGGGUUUUCGUGCUCACCAGCAACAUGAUGUUCUCUUAGCUCCUGGAACGGCAGAUCUAACAGCUGAUGUUGACUUUACAUUUUUAAAACACAUCAUUGGAAGUACAGUAACCUCUCUAGGCCCUAUUACACAACAAGAGUUUUUAAAGAAUAUGGGAAUUGACAUCAGGUUAAAGAUUCUUUUGGAAAACUCAAAGGAUGCAUCAAUGCGGCAGCAGUUAAUACAUGGCUAUAAUAUGCUUAUGGACCCUAAACAAAUGGGAGAACGAUUCAAAUUUUUUUCCUUGUUUCCUCAUAGUAGACUGGAAAACGGCGAUUCGAAGAAAUACAAGUCACAGCCUGUCGCUGGAUUUAGCCCAUUACUUUUGCAGUAAUUAGAUUAAAGGGACAGGAAACCCAAUGUUUUUUCUUUCAUAAUUCAUAUAGAGCAUACAAUUUACCUCUUAUCUUAUUUGCUUUAUUCUCUAUGUAUUCUUUGUUGGAAAGCAUACCUAGGUAGGCUCAGGAGAAGGAAGCUAGCUGCUUAUUGGUGGCUGCACAUACAGUAUAUGCCUCUUAUCAUUGGCUUACCAAUGGGUUCAGCUAGCUCCCAGUAGUGCAUUACAGUUACUUCAAUAAAGGAUACCAAGAGAAUGAAACAAAAUUGGUAAUAGAGCUAAACUGGAAAGUUGUUUAAAAAUGUAUGUUCUACCUGCAUCAUAAAAGAAGAACUUUGCCCCUUUAGUUUUGUAAUGAAAGAUUCAGGAGAAUUAGACAGAUCUACUAUUUAGGAGCAAUGACAGAUAUAGUUCUCAUUACAAGGGGAAGCUUUCACCUUCACUGUUUUAAUUUAAUGUCACAAAAAGAAAGUAACAUGAUACCUAUAAACUAGUCUGUUGAAUAAGCAAGUAUAUGAGAUGUAAUCCAUAAGAGAAUCAGUGUUACAAUUCAGCAGCUUUUGUGUGAUCAUGUUUAGGGUUUUGCUUCAUAGAUUUAUGAGAUUUAGAUUGAGUAAAAAUUACAUUGUUUUAAUUUAUUCAGAUGGCUGGGUUUGUUGUAUAUGUUAAUCUGAGAUGCAAAAAUGAAUGCUCUUCCCUUGAAUGAGAUAACACUUUAAUGGAGACCUAAAUUUCCUGUUUAUAUAUAGAUAAGUCCACCAUAUAAACAAAAGGGAUUAUGUUUUUGUUUUUUAAAAUAGAAAUUGAGUUCUUUUAGUAUUUUUAAGCCCUACAUAAUUUUUUUUUUCUGUUAAAUUCUUAAAUAUUCUCCAUUAAAGGCACCCAUUAAGCACUCUAAUGAAUGAUAGUAGUACACUUUUAUACUCUUCUUAUAGUGAAAUGAGACUAUUAGGGGCCAAAUUAUCAAGAUCCGAAUGGAGCUUGAUGCCCGUUUUCGCACAAGCCUUCAGGCUCGCCGGAAACAGUAGUUAUGAAGCAGCGGUCUAAAGACCGCUGCUCCAUAACUGGUCUGCCUGCUCUGGGGCUGCGGUCUUUAAUCUGCCCAAUCCUAUAUGACCGGGCUGAUUGACACUCCCUGCUAGCGGCCGAUUGUUUGCGAAUCUGAAGGGGGCGGCAUUGCACAAGCAGUUCACAACAACUGCUUGUGUAAUGAUAAAUGCUGACAGCGUAUCAUGUCUGCUCGCACUUUGAUAAAUUGACCCCUUAGUCUCUGAUUAGAUAUGAUAUAAGUCUAUAGUUCGUUAUUUUGACUAUAUUUAAUGUAACUACUUGUAUCUCUCAGCAUUUCACGGAUGCAUUCUGGGACUCUGAAGCUUAGUCAUGGAGUCCAGUGGGUGGUGUUGGUCGUGUCAUUGUAGUCCAGGGCAGGGUUGUAUUUAAUCAGUAGUUUCACAUCCAGAAAAUGUAUAAAACAGAGAGAGCAGGAUAGCUCCCACACUGUGACAACACCGAAAGGGCCGGGAAGGUUGGGAACUCUGCUUUUCUAUUCUAAAUGUACCUACUUUUUUGUCAGCCCUAUAAAAUGUGUCUCUAUAGGUCAACUAGCUGGGGAUAGUCAAAGUAGUUAGUUACAAUUAUAAUUUUAAGUACAGUUGGCCCUCGGUUUACAACGGUUCAAUUUACACCGUUUGAGAAUAACAACCUUUUUUUCAGUCAUGUGACUGCUAUUGAAAAGCAUUGAGAAGCAGUGCAUUGAUUAAAAUAGCCAGUAGGUGGAGCUGUCCGCUUGUGUUGCAGCAAAGCCAAGCAAGCUGAAAUUAAUCAGUUUAACCAGACCUGAGCUAUCGAUCAGAUUUCAAAGGAACAAGAUCUUCCUGUCUAUAAAUCAGUCCAGAUUGGAAUGCAUAGAAAUAACCGUUUGCAGAAAAAUGCAAGUGAAGUCUGUGUUGUGUGAUUUUAUUAGGUUUAUAAUGCUGUUUAGCAAAUGUUUUUGUUCAUUUAACUUAGUUUAAUUAUAUAUUAUGUGUUGCGUGGUUAUUUGAUUAGGUUUAUAAUGCUGUUUAGCAUUUAAAGUCUUCAUUUCAAAGCUUUAAAAAUAAUGUAUUAGGUGUUACUUAUGUCAAUUUUGAGAGGGGCCUGGAACCUAACUCCCUCACUUCCCAUUGACUUACAUUAUAAACUGGGUUUCAAUUUACAACGGUUUCGAUUUACAACCAUUCCUUCUGGAACAUAACCCCAGUGUAAACUGAGGGCUACCUGUAUAAUUAUUAAGUAUCUUAAGCAGCAUUUACUUAAAGGGACAGUCAAGUCCAAAAAAAACUUUCAUGAUUCAAAUAGGGCAUGUAAUGUAUUAACCCCUUCAUGCGAGAGUGCAAGUGCUUAAAUCGAUAUAAACACUUGCUGUAAAAAUGAAAUCACACGAUCAUCAAUGCAAUCACGUGAUUUCAAGGCCGUGAUCGGAUUAUGGGGAACUUCAACAAUUUAAAUUUUUGAACAUUCUCUCCUCAAAAAACUUUUAUAUGUGUGGACUGCAUCAAAUUUAAUGUUUGUAGCUAUAAUAUUCAUUGCAUAUUUUUGUUUUUUCCAUACCAUAAUUUGGAAAACCUUGUUUAUAUUUAAUUGUGAAUAAAUGACUAUUUUUAAUAUA